UCUACCAGCUGCAGUAGCAGAAGCACAGCACGCCCAUCCAAACCUCUGUAUUUCCAACCAGCUAACACUGAAGAAAAGGAAAGAACCAUGGCGGCAGCAGCUCCCCCACUGGACCCUGAUCUCAUGAGAGAGGUCCUCGAGUGCCCCAUCUGCUUGGAGACCUACAACCAGGAUCAAAUGAGACCUAAACUCCUGCAGUGUGGCCACACAGUAUGCCGGCAGUGUUUGGAGAAGCUGUUGGCCAACACUAUCAAUGGUGUGCGCUGCCCCUUUUGUAGCAAAGUCUCCCGCAUGAGUAGUAUCUCCCAGCUGGCCGAUAAUCUCACUGUGCUAAAGAUCCUAGAUUGCACUACAUCCUGCAGUGCUGCUGCUGCUGCCCUGAUGUGCAAAUCCUGCUGUAACCGCCUGCCACGACAGUACUGCCAUGAUUGUGCCGCUGUUCUCUGUGAGCUCUGUAAAGGAGAGGGCCACCAGCAUCAGGGCCAUUCAGUCGAGCCGAUAAGGGUGGCUGCUGAACAGCGGCGUAAAGAGCUCAGUGCCAAGCUGGCUGCUCUGCGGGACGUAAUGGGGGAGAUUCAGAAGAAAAAGACAGCGAUUGAUAACAUUUCCAAGUCCUUGAGAUUAAAGUACCACACAGUGCAGCAGGACUACACUUCAACAGAGCUACGUCUUCAAGAGGAACUCAAGAGAUCUCGCAGGACGUUUACUUCUGCCAUGGCUGAUGUGGAAAAGCUAAACGGGCAAGUCCUGGAGGAGCAGACGUACCUCCUUAACAUUGCAGAGGUAAAAGUUGUGUCUCGCUGCGAUUAUCUGACAAUGCUCGUGAGGCAGAGUGAUACAGCUUUGCUAAAGGAUGACGGCGGAGGCUGUGACGAUGACGACCUGGAUCUGAAGAGCACCCUGCCCACUGUGUUCCAGCUGCAAGAGCCCGAGCUGGUCAGAACUGAGCACUCUAAGCCUGUAGAAGUGGGCCAUGUGAACACUCAUACUUUCACAGUCAGUACCGAUGAUGACGAGAGUGGUUUGGAGAUUCCACUUGAGGCUGAUGUAGAGAGUACAGGGGGUGCAGUAGGUGGUGCAGUGGGGCCUUCAGUGGAUCUUUACAGAGACAUCGACAUGGUUGCAGCUGUAGAUGACACAGUAUGUGGUUCUCCCGGCAACUUUAAGUCCAAAUCCAUGGAUGCAGGCGGGGGAUCACCUGGAGGAGCUGGAGCAAGUGCCGCAGUGCCAGUGUGCCAGUUUGUCAAGAAGAUGGGCUGCAAAGGAACUCUACCUGGCAUGUUUAAUUUACCAGUCAGCAUCUGCGUAACACCACAAGGAGAGGUGCUUGUAGCUGACCGUGGCAACUACCGCAUCCAGAUUUUUAACCGCAAAGGAUUCCAGCGUGAAAUCCGCCGCAAUGCCAGCAGCAUCGACAACUUUGUCCUGAGCUUCCUUGGUGCUGACCUGCCGAACUUAAUCCCCUUAUCUAUCGCUGUCACUCCUCAAGGCCUGAUCGGCGUCACUGAUAACUACGAUAACUCAGUCAAAGUCUACACUAUGGACGGACACUGCGUAGCUUGUCAUAAGAACCAGCUGAUCAAGCCAUGGGGCAUUACUGCCAUGCCAUCAGGUCAGUUUGUGGUGUCAGACGUGGAAGGUGGAAAGCUGUGGUGCCUCGCAGUGGACCGCAAUGUAGGUGUGGUCAGCUACAACCGGCUGUGCUCUGCUGUGCGGCCAAAGUUUGUGACGUGUGACGCCGCCGGGACAGUUUAUUUCACUCAGGGUCUAGCCCUGAACUUCGAGAAGCGCCACAACGAGCCUCAUCUGGAGGGUGGCUUCUCCAUUGGCUCUGUGGACACCGACGGCCAGCUAGGCAAGCAACUCAGCCAUUUCUUCUCAGAGACAGAGGACUUCCGCUGCAUCACAGGCAUGUGCGUGGACGCAAACGGGGACUUGCUGGUAACGGACAGCGGCAGGAAAGAAAUCCUCCAGUUUCCCAAAGAGGGCGGAUUCAAAGUUCUCAUCCAGGAAGGGUUGACCUGCCCUGUUGGGGUGGCCACCACUCACAAAGGACAACUGCUAGUGCUAGAUUGUUGGGACCACUGUGUGAAAGUCUUCACAUACAUUCAGAGGAGGCACUCCUCCACUUCCUAGGGAAACAAUCCAGACUAUCUGCACAUGACCUGUAAGGUUUGGUUAGUAUGUGAUGGUGGGUGGGUGUUUGUGGGAAAGGUAGAAAAACACUGUUAUCUGUCACUUUAGUUUGGCUGCAGCCCAAACAGAUCUCGCUCUUGCUUUCACUGAGUUAUUAAAGAAUGUUCUAGUCAGCCUAAAGUAUACUGCAUUUUAAUUUGAUUCCUUAAAUCAAAAAUCAGGGGUCGAGUGCACCAGCAGGGUUCAAAUUAAGUUUGGCUUAUCUCCUACAUUGUACUUAGCUAUGGCCAACUUCAAUACUUAAUUUUAUGCCGAGUGCAUCAAGUGUAACAUUAAGCGGUGAUAGCUACAGCCAGUCUUAUCAUGCGCUUUCACCUGAAUAUUGUUCCCUUCGUUUAAAUUCCUGUCAAACUAUUGACAUAUGAUUUGUACAACACAAACCAAAAGAGAGUAAGCCAUAAUUUCUUGAUAGAACCCCCCCAAAAAGCAUUUCCAUUGUCUGAUAAAUAUCACGUCUCUCACAGGGUUGUCCUGCUCCACUGUCUCUAAGUUUUUUCAAUCAAAUAAGCCCCUCACACUAAAUAGUAGAUCACUGUUUUCUUUAAAAGAAUUAUGACAAAGCCUAGGCCUAGAGAGCAGUGUUUUUAAAAAGUCUGAAUUGAGUGAACAGAGAGGCAUCCGUUUGCAGACCUCCACAAUGGGGCGACCUCGAAUAUGGGGCAGAAAGUGGCAUACUAACCCUUAAUUGAGUUUUCUUUGGUUUGUGGUGUGUUAUUUUUAAUUUUAUCCCCGUGCCCCUUACCUUUAAGGUCUGGAUGCCUAAGCCUAACCCUCUUUGUAUUUUCCUUUGUUAAUGGUUUGUUAAAUUUAUCCCCCUCAGUAAAAAUAGCAACUUACCAUAACCUCUGACAGCGAGUUUACGUCACUUCCCGCCCCAUUGUAAGUCUGCAGCCCAACGCUCCAGAUCCUCUUGGGAGAAUGAGCUUCUUCAGGGCAGGAACUUCUGUGUUUCUGUCUGACUCAUCCCGUAUUGAAGUGAUAUUAUUUUGUUUAUUUAAAUGGAGCUCAACAGCUAAAUCAAAGCUUUUCUAUCAGUUGACUCUCCCAGUAAACUUCCAGGAAUUAGGAUGGGGUAUCGUUCGGGUCCUCUCCAAUGCCAGCACUGAAUCAAUACUAUUUAAAAGGUGCUGGUGCCAAAACGAUGCCUGAAUUGAUACUUUUAAGAGAAAGAAGUGUUUUAAACGCUGGCAGUUGAAUAAAGGCUGUCUCUAUAUGAUAAAUUAGUCAGAAAUAAGAUGCCAGUAGGACAUGUAAGUAAAGGAAACAGUUGUAAGUCCUUUGAAUUGUGUAUUUUGUGCCUUCCCUUAGGAGUGAUGGGGAUAGCAUUAGGUAGUGAAGUACCAAAAUGAAGCACCAAAAUCUGUCUUGUAAUCUGGUACGGUAGGUUUUAGAUGUGUCGUUACUGGUACCAACUUUGAUACCUAUCCCUACCAGGCCAAUCCUAGACGAUUCCCUGUCUCUCUUUUCAUUUGUUACUCUGUUACAAGAUGUGCUACCACGGUUUCUUACGUUUUAUGACCACUGCUGUGCGGUCUUCAUCACUUUACAUUGAUGAAAUCUGACUCUUAAACUUACACCAGCUUCCUCCAAAAGUUACACCUGGGCAUAAUUCAAACAUAGAUUACAUUCAGCUGGUGCACAGGGUAUAACUUACAGUCAGAUGUAACGUUAUGCCCAGGUAUACCACCAGCUGGUGCACUCGACCCUGGCUUCUUAAGCUGUUUUCCUUGUCAUUGUAAUGAGUUAUAAUACCAAAACACAUUUUCUGCAUCAUUAACAUUAAAAUAGUGGCAGUUGUCACCUUGAUAUAAGACACAGAGGUAGAUGAUGUCAAUGCUAAAGCAGGCACAAACGCAGAUGAAUUUCCUUCCUCAUUGCAGACUGUUUGUGAUGCAUAGCUUUCACGGAUUUGGCUCGGUUUUGCAGGAGAAUAAAGGGGAGCUGAAAAUGAACAUGCAUUUACAUACACAGUGAAUCAUACCGAGGCUUUUGGCCUGUGAAGCACUUUAUUAUUGACACAGCACUGUUUCCCAGUGUUGGGUUCAAGUAGCACACUCUGACAUUGAUGAUGCUGAAUGCAGCUGGCAGCUUUAAAGUUUACUGUGCAGUUAGCUCAUGGCGAAGCAGUAACAAAGGAUCAGCAUUCAUUAAAUUGCAUUCAGGGAGCAUUAAAUGUAGGAUUUUAGUUAUCUAAAGAAUAGUCAUUCACUGGGCUUGUGUGGGAUCUUGGUUUUUACUAACAAGUUAAGAAAAUUGUGAGUUUAGGCCUUAAUCAUCACUUAAUUUGGCUUAGUUUGUUACUUUUGUUUGAUUUUUUUGUUGAGUAUUUUUAAUACUGCCCUAGCCAGACCCAAGAUAAUCAGUUGAUCACUUUAAGGAGGAUUUUUCAGAGGCAAUGGUACAACUUGUCUCUACUAUACUCCCAUUUAACCUCCCCUUGUGACUUUCCAGCCACAGCCUCACUGAAGUCACAAGGACACUAGUAAAGGUAUCCAUCUCCAAGAUAAGAUUCUUGCAAUUUGCUUCGGAUUCUGUUCCAGCUUUUCUGCUCAGUCAAUUCUGUUUCUACAUCCCCUUAAGCUUUGUCUGUAGUUUCCAUUAUGAACCAACUAGCUAAGUUCUGAGGUUCUGGAUGAGGUUGUAAUUGGGAGGCCUCUAAAACGUCAAUGUUGUGUACUUUCUUUUCCCUAUAGAAUACAUGUCCUUCAGUCAUAUAACACUAAUCUAUCUGUACAUUUAAAGAGCUCAUUCGAAUACAUCACUGACCCAGAGGUCACAGCAGACACCUACGACUUAAACAAUGUUUACAAACUUGGUUAAAGCCUGGCGUUUAUUCCAUAAUGCUUGUUCCGUUGCUUCUUUCCUCAAGGCUAGCCGAUGGUCACACAAUCUUUGGGUGUUAAGAAUUACACUUCGAAAGGAAAAGCAUGUUUAAAAUCCUGCAUCACAUCGAGGGUUGUCAAAAUGCUCAGUCUAAAGUGUUAUUAAACGGUACAGUUUAUUUAAUGAUCCAUGAAAGUUGUUUUCAAAUGCCGUAGCCUCAGGACCCACCAUGGCUAAUGGCUCAUUGUGACUCGUAUUUCUGAUAAAUUUCCAUGGCUCUAAAUUAUUAAUGGAAAAUAAAAAAAAAACAAAGAGA